AAAAAAGAGGGGCGGGACCACAUCACGACACGCUGGCGUUGUCGGCUCUCAUAGGCCGAGCCGAAACGGGAGAAAUCAUAGCGUGUGGUUACGUGCCUUGUUCCUCGCAGCCCCCUGCAAGGGAAGAAUUGUGUGAGGCAGUGCUACCAAAAAGAGACCUGCUGCAGCCCGUAGAGGGUUUCCAGCAGUCACGACAGCUGACGGUAAGGCAGAAGCACCACCUGACUCUUCCUCCCUCCGUUCCUCCUCCUCCUCUCUGCAUCCUGCAGAUUCCAAAUCUUAGAAAUCACCCUUGACAACCGUGAGAACAUCUAUAACAUCUUUGGGAAGAUGGAAGGCCAGGGAAAGCAAGUAACGGGUUAUCUCUUGUUCUCGCUGGGCACGGCUGUCAUCGGCUCUCUGCAGUUUGGUUACAACACAGGAGUCAUCAAUGCUCCGGAAGAGAAACUGCGGUCGUUCUUCAACCAAACCUGGUUGCAGCGUUACAACGAGCCCAUCAGUUCAGGGGUUUGUACCAUCGUCUGGAGCGUUGCUGUAGCCAUCUUUAGUGUGGGCGGCAUGGUGGGCUCCUUCAGUGUGGGCAUCAUGGCCAAUAGAUUUGGCAGACGGCGCUCCAUGUUCCUGGUGAACAUCCUGGCUGUGAUUGGAGGCCUCCUCAUGGGGUUCUCCACCAUCUGCUCCUCCUAUGAGAUGGUGAUUGCGGGUCGUCUGGUCAUUGGCCUGUUCUGCGGUCUCUUCACCGGACUGACUCCCAUGUACGUGGGGGAGGUGUCACCCACACCUCUUCGUGGAGCAUUUGGCACUCUGCAUCAGCUCGGAGUGGUAGUGGGCAUCCUGAUUGCUCAGAUCUUUGGUCUGGAGGUUCUGUUGGGUUCUGACAAGCUGUGGCCCCUGCUGCUGGCCCUCACCGUGGCCCCUGCUGUGCUGCAGUGCAUCUUGCUGCCCUUCUGUCCUGAGAGUCCCCGCUUCCUUCUGAUCAACCUUAAGCUGGAGGAACAAGCACGCAAAGCUCUGGUUCGUCUACGUGGCACGGAGGACGUGAACAAAGACAUCCAGGAGAUGAAGGAGGAGAGCGCCAAGAUGGCGAUGGAGAAGACGGUGACCAUCGCUGAGCUGUUUCGCUCAGCGGCCUACAGGCAGCCCCUCCUCAUCGCCGUCAUGCUGCAGCUCUCCCAGCAGCUAUCAGGAAUCAAUGCUGUGUUUUACUACUCCACAGGGAUCUUUAGCUCAGCUGGAGUGAAGCAACCCAUCUAUGCCACAAUAGGAGCUGGAAUUGUCAAUACUAUCUUCACUGUUGUUUCUCUCUUUCUGGUGGAAAAGGCUGGACGAAGGACUUUACAUCUCCUGGGAUUGGGAGGAAUGGCCGUCAGUGCCCUGGUCAUGACAGUCUCCCUCCUGUUGACGCACAUUACAGCUAUGAGCUACGUGGCAAUCCUGGCUGUCAUGCUUUUUGUGGCUAUGUUUGAGCUGGGCCCUGGUCCCAUUCCAUGGUUCAUUGUGGCUGAGCUUUUCUCCCAAGGGCCCCGUCCUGCGGCCAUGGCUGUAGCAGGAUGCUGCAACUGGACAGCCAAUUUCCUUGUUGGAAUGAGCUUUCCGAAACUAGUGGAGUGGUGUGGACCAUGGGUGUUCCUCAUCUUCACUGCCUUCCUCAUCAUCUUUUUCAUCUUCACAUUUAUCAAAGUCCCAGAAACGAAGGGAAAGACAUUUGAUGAGAUCGCCCGUGAAUUUGGCGGCGCUCUGCCUCCUGCCACCUCUUCCGCUGAGGAUCCUGGUGCCACUUCCAGCACGGCCAUAACUCUUCAAGCCUCUUCUCCUGAGAAAGAGAAGGUCCCGCUGGUGGAGGCACCGGCAGCAGCGGCUGCACCCGCUCCUGCACCCGCUCCUGCAGCCGCUCCUGCCGCCGCCACUCCGGCAACCGAAACCACACCCCUUAAAGAUAAAUCCGGCGCACAAGGGGAGCAGGUGUAGACAGGCUUUAGAUUGGUGAGAGAAAUUACAAGUAACGGAAGAAUCACAGAAUACAAACAUGCUGAAACAGAGGAAUCAGUUUCAAUAUUUCUCUUCAACUUUAUGGUACAUUCCUGAAAUCAGCUGCAUCCAUUCAAAGGGUGAGUCAAGGUCAGUGUGUCUGAAGUCACGAUGACACUCAGAUCUGGUUACUUGAAACUAAAACAUGGGUCAAAAAUGUGCAGCUAAUUUGUUCAAUAAUGCAGUUUAUAAGCAGGGUGACUUAAGGUGAGUUGAGCAGAUUUAAACAUAAAACACAGAGGUCGGUUCCAUGUCAUAUGAAUUAGGUGACAUGAUAAACAAAGAUCCACAUUUAAACAAAAUUAUUUGUGUAUUUUUUUGUGUCAGAUGACUUGAUGUGUAUUUUCUCCUUACAGUAGGUUCUUUGGCCAGCUACUUGUUCCCCCCUUCGACUGCAGGUCUGAUAUAUCUAAAUUGUGUGCUUUACCUUUCACUGGGAUUGUUUGCAUUACCAAAGUGAAUAACCACCUGAUGAACACAUCUAACCUCAUAAUGUAGUCUGCAGCAGCUAAAGGUACUAAAAUGCAUCAUUGUUGUUCAAAUUUUAACAUCUACAAUCAUUCAUCAUUUAGUAGGGGUUUAAUUACUGACUCACCUGAUUGUGUGUUGACAUGUUGUCAGCCUAUUUAAGUACUGAAUGCAGCCAAAAUGUAACCAUAGCCAAGAAAUUGAGAAAAUAUACAUAACAGUUUCCUCAAAGAACUUUCACAUAGUCAUAUACAUGUGUACAAACACAAAUACAACUUCAUUCAGAUUCAUAUACGUAGCCUAGAAAAAUAAAUAUAUACAACACCCUUCACAGUUAUGGGCACUCAUGUCGAUCAACACACAUCUGCUUUAAUUUAGAUUAUAUAAAUUAGUCAUUAAAAGUUCCUAGACAGUCUGAUUUAGUUAUUUUGUGACAAAUACUUGUAAUGUAACAAUAGGGUAACAGACAAAAUAUAUUUGCUGAAAGAAAGAUUAUUUAUAUGAUUGUGUAAGAUCUAAUUUUUUUAUUAAUUAUUUUAGAUUAUAUAAAGAAAUGUAAGUGAUUUCCUGGCUUCAAGAGAUGAAAAGCGAGUCUUGAACUUUGGUUUCAGUUGAGGAGUAAUUGAAUUACUUGAGGGGAAAUUUUAGAUCAGUGUCUGUACACUUUAGUACACUGUAAAAUAAAAAGGUCUCUAAUUUAUGGUAAAAUAUCUUCAGCUGUGGUAACCAGAAUUUUACCGUAUAAAUAUGGUAGAGUUUGUAUUUCUACGUUACAAUUCUGCCUGUAUUUUACUGUAAAUUAGAGAGUUUUUUAAGGUGUAGUCAGGCAAGCUUUAGAGUCACUAGUCAUACUAUAAGCAGUAGAAGUAAUGAGCACCGCCAUUCUUUCCAUCAGACUAACACAGUGCUAAUGAUCUGCAUUUACAUUAAUAAUAAUAAUAAUAACCAUAUAUCUAAGCAAGCUGUCAGUAGAACAGAUAAAGACUGUAUGAAGUGUGCAAUCACUAUUGAAAAUAACUUGUAGCAGAUAGAGGCAACUAAUGGGGAAGUGCUAAUACUCUUAUUAAUCCUGACAUUAUAGCUUUCAGUGAAAUAUGCAACUAACAUUAGUAGUUUAAUAGAUAAUUAUGUCUGAUAUUACCUUAUUGUUUUGCAAAGCAAGAGACUAAUGCUUAAAAUCAAAGAAAACAGAUCUGUCAGGAUUAUUUUGUGUAUAACCAAAAUAAAAGAAUGUCAAUUUAAAAUUAUACAUACUGCAUUUUUAAUCACUAGAGCACUUUUUAUUAUUAAAAUAGUAUAUAUAUUUUUUAAAGGUGGAGUUUUAAUUAGAUGAUAUAAAUUUGAAUAUAACAACCAGGAAAGGCCUAAUGGGAGAGUUUUCAAGCAAUUAGUUUAUAUUUGUUUGAAAAGCAAAGUAGGUGUUGGCAGACUGUUGUCUAUUACAGUCCAAAGGUUGUUUGGUCAGUUGUAGGAAUUAUUUUUAGCAAUCUUAUGUUUCUAGACUCCAUCUGUUAACAUAUUUCAAAAAUAUAUCAGAUUUCUAACAUGACCUACUAAUAGGAUCCAAAAAAAGAUCAUCUUCAAAAGUCUACAAGCUGAGAAUGUAAGGCUCUGAAAUCAUUUUUUCUCAGAUCAGUAAUAAUUUUAUUAUUUCACAAGAAUUUUAGCUAAUGUCUACUCAUCAUAACCUGCAUAUUUCAGGCAAACAAUGCUUGUUUGUUAUACGUUUCACACAAUUUAAUUAUCUCUACCAAAAAAAUCUGCACUGUUGUAUGAAACCUAAUCUAAUCUAACUUUUUAUCGAGUAAACAUUAAUAUAAAUGUAGUGACAACAACAAAAAAUACCCUGCUAAUACAACCAAAAAAAGAGACUUUAUAUCUCAACACAAAAAAACAACGUAUAGUAAUCUUAAACUUUGGCCUAAUUACAUCUGUGUCCGUUAGUUUAAUUUUUGACAGCACAAAUGCACUUAACACAGUUUCAAACAUGUGUUACAAAGUUUCUGGAUAGCCAGGAAAUACUUAAGUCAUUAUCUUGGACCAGCUGCUGCUCACCAAUGAAAUCCAAAUCUCCGUUAAGAAAUUAACAGCAGCUUUCAGAGACCAUUAUAUUUCAAAUAUAUUUAAAUUACUAUGAAGAGUAGAAUUAUUUAUUGUAAGUCAAAAAUGUAUUUUAAGCUUUGUGUGUGGGGUCCUGAUCCUGUCUGCGCUGUGACACUUUGUCUGCAUUGUUUAGUCUCAACAGAUUUAUGAAAUGUAUAUCUAAUAGCGUAUAUGUGACGUGUGUAUGUGAGUAACACAAAGUAUAUUUUCUUUACUCUGUUACUGUGUGGAUUGCUGUUGCUACUUGAACUCUAUUCUCACCCUUGCAGACCAUUUAUUUAUUUAUUUAUUUAUGUCUGUAUAUUUACAAUAGAAUUUACACUUAAAGAGGUGUACCUUGAUAAAGUAUUUAUAAAGAGAUAAAGUAUCUAUAGAGGGAUUUAAGAUUUAAGCCACAUGUAUAAUUUUAGGACAUAACUUUGUAACUUUGCUGAUAUUUAAUUUUGAAUGGAUGUCAGAAGGCUUGUUAAGUGGAUUCUUUUUUUCACUGGAAAUGGAGAAUAUAAGUCUGUGAUAUUGGUGUAUUUUCCUGUAAUUGAGGAUGGUGAUAUUGUGUUUGCACUGAGGGAGGAUUGUUGUGCAUUCGUGUCUAGUCGAGAUUAAUGUUAUAUUCAGUGUUUCCUGUUGAGGUGCUGCUUCUGUCUUUGGAUAUUUGCACACUGCUCCUUUUUUAACACUAACAAGGAUUUCACUUCUAAAUUCAAAAUGCUUGUUGUUCCACAUGUUGCUGUUGCCUUUUGCGAUGUCACAAACUCAGAAAAUUCUAAGCAGGCAAAUGGAAGAAUAUGUUUAUAAUAAGGGAAUAUGGACAUGUUAUUAAAAUAUUUCAUUUAUAUUAUUUUAAUUUUUUUUUACCAAUUUUUCAAAAGCAAAGUUGUGUUGUGUUAGUGUUUCAAACUUGGCAGCAUAUGACUCAUGGAUGGAGCCGUUUUUAUUACGGUGGCUAUUCAUUGAAUUGGCAAUACUAAAACAUAAACUUCUGCAAUAACGAAUUGGCUACUAAUACAAUAACUACAAGUUUUAUCUGCCUAAAGACAACACACUAAACUACUCACAUUAAACUCAUAACUUUUUAAGCAAUGACUGCUCUUGCUUUUCUACUACCUUCGCCUAUUAUUCAGUGAAGCUGCUGUUUUAUUUAGUCACUACAGUAGUACCUGUGGAACCAGCAGCCUCUGUUUUCCCACUUGUGCCUCUCAGAUUGGUGCUUCUCAUGUGUUAAGGUUGAAAUUGAAGUAUCAGACUUUCAAGUAAAGAAAAAAGUGGGGGAAAUUGUUUAGUUUGGUUAAUCAAUCCCAACCCAGCUUCUCAUUUUGAAAGAUUCAUCAUAGUCCAAUACUAAGCCAUAUUGUUUGGUACAGUUGCACUUAUAAUCACGAUUUUUUUAAGGUAUUACAUUUAUUAAAAAUUAUUCACAACCAUUUAAUAAAGUUUGUAAAACAAUAUGUAAUAGAAACUGAUAAAAAAUACAUAUAUAUUGUUGCCAACAAUCCAAUUUUAUUGUGCAAAUUCAUGAAUUUAAGGAUUACAUGAAAAAUACAGAGAUGAGAAAACAACUUAGCAUGACUAUAGUUCAUGUAUGUUCUCUGUAGACUGGGACAGUUGUUUUAAAGUUUUAUCUCUUUUAUCCAUUACUCACUAUUGUCUUUAUCUUGUGUAUAAUUUAUGGUGAAGAUAUGCUACUGCUAAUGAAAUUUGCAAACCACUGCCAUGGUAUGUGACUGCGGUGUUGCAAUAAAGUAUUGGAACGGGUUUAAAAGAAAGGACCAAAGUGCAGACUGCUGAUAAUUAUAGCAAGCAACUGGAUGUACAAACUCAAACCCUUUCACACUGUACAGAGAAAAAUAUAAGCUUUCAUUAUUUUGUAAAUCUGUAUAUUUUAAAGAACAUUGAUGCAUCUGUUGCAUUGUUUUAUUUUGUUUUAGAGUGCAUAUUGUCUAGAUUUCAUACACUGCUCUUCACUUUGGUUAAUCUAUGUGCAGAUUUAAAAGUCUAUUUUUAAAGGUCUGAUUGACGACUGCUGCUGGUUAUCAUCUUAUUUUCAUCUUGUGUUUGUUUCAUCACUUGGUUGCAGCCAUGCCUCAUCAGAUUACAUUCUUAGUUUGGGCUGCUACGUGUUUGCACCACAACUCUUUAACAUGUUGGCAAAAAGAGCAGCAAAGUGGCAAACACAUUAACUCAACAAUAAACUGUGGCUGCUGCAUAUUAUUUAUGCGUUUGUUCUUCACUGUGAUGUUGCGCUGUUUGUGAUUGAGUUUUUUUUGUCUACAUUUUGUGAUUUCUUACCUCACCUUUGUUUAAAUUGCUUUUCAUUGUGUUUUUCUGAGAAUACUCACAUUUGCUUAUGUUUUGAAUCACUCUUUCAUUCUUGAUGAUGCAGAAUUUUUGUCCCCACAUAAAGAACAGCAGACUACAUUCAUUUUGGGCUUUAGUGCUGUGAUUGGAGAAAUAUUUGAUGUGGAACUGUCCUAUCUGUGUUACUUUUGUGUUUUAGUGGCUACUGGAUGAUUACAUGGUGUGUAGCUUUCUCUCUUUUCUGUGUGCAGCAGCAGUGAUGCACUCUUGACUGUUUCAUUUGCCCUGUACUUACCACAAAUAUUGUUGUUAAAUAAAGUUGCCAUCUUGUAUUGA